GGUAAAUAUAACGAAUUGUGUUGUAUGUUAUCGUGAACGGAAUGCCUCAACAAAUUUUACUCAUCACCAAAGUUUGUUGCUGACUGCAAAUAGAUUGCAUAUUGUGUAUCUAAUUACCAUAGGUGAUACCAAGAUAGAAUAAUAUGACUCAAGAAAAUGAAAAAAUGAAUCCUUGUGAUAUAGAUGAAGUAGAAGUCAGUUCGGAUACAUCUGAAAAGGAGGCCAAAGAAUCCAAAACACACGGAUCAUUAGAGAAUUUUGUGCCACAGAUAUAUCGUGCUAAAUUCUUCGGAAAUACUUCCGUCUCUGAGCCUCGUGGUGAUUUUAUUUGCGAAAGCUCACUCGGAUUACUUAAAACUCAGUUGCUUACAUCAAAAUUACACAAGAAAAGAAUUAGGAUACGUGUAGACACCAGUGGAAUUAGUGUUAUUGGUUCACGAAAUUCGACAUUACAUCAUGUGCAUAAAUUUGAAAAUAUUACAUUUAUUUGGACUGACCCCUGUGAUUUACAAUCAUGUGGAAUUAUAGUUAAACAACCAUUAAUUGGGGAUAAUGUUCAUCAAUUUUAUGGUUAUAAACUUUAUCAAAAUACUCCGAAAUUGAUUGGUGUGUUGAAGCACAUCUAUUCAAAUCUUGACUUAUUACCACCUAAUGAAGACAUAUUAAGUAAAUCAGAACAUUCUACGGAUACCAGAAUUUUCGACACUACCGAGGAAAAUAAUCCUGAUUUGAUUCAGCUAAUAGAUAUUAGUGACAACACUGUCUCACCACACCAAAAAAACGCUGACAAUGAAAAUAUUCAAAAACAAUACACAAGUAAUGGACACAACGUUCCGUACAAUAAAGGUGGUGAAAAAAACUGGAUAACUUUCGAUGAUCAUUUCGAAAACCAAGGGAUUAGCUGGGAAAACUCUACACCUAAAAAUCUAACGUCUCAAAAUCCUCAUAAUCAACCAUUUGGUAACAAUGAUCUACAUUACUUUUCACAAAUCAAUAUGAAUAAUCAAAUGUUCAAACAUAAUUCUAGUCCAUUUAUGGAAAUGACUAAAUGUACAACACAAAACACUCCGUAUUUAAAGUCAUAUUCAACAACAGCUAAUAUUUGGUCAAAUAUACCACCUGCCAUUCAAACCGUAAGUUAAUGCCUUUUUUUUGUAUGGUGGCACACAUCAAUAUGGUCAAUAAAACUCAUUUGAAUUUAGAACAUUUAAAAUUUAGAUAGCCAAUAGUGGUUGGUUUGAAAUAAUUGUCAUCGUUGCAGUCGAUUUGUUACAUUUUUUAUAAAAUUACUUAUUGAUUGAGAUAUUUACUGAUAAAAUCGAUCUUUGUUCCAAGUGUUAUUAUUUUAUUUAUGAUACUACUUUUCUUUCAUUUGAUAAAUAAUAUAUGGAGACUUUCAAUAAAGAUAAGUAACAUCAUGAUACACUCAGACUCUUUAGAGACUGUCAUCAGCCGAAUUUAAACAGGAUUUUUCGUAAAUAUUUGUAUAAAACAUAAGAAUACCAAUUUUGUAAUAUAAUUACUUUUUGAUUAAAAUUUCAGACAUUUUGGCUUAAUAAUAUUUGGUCUAAUUUGGUCAUUUGAAUAUAUCCACUGGAAUUAAAUAUUGAUUGGUUUUAACCGCCUUUUUAUUACAUUAAUUAAACAUUAAAAUUACCUAACGAAUAAAUAUAUGCUUUGUUUUCCAAUAAUUAUUUACUAUCUACGUUUCUGGUAAUGAUGUACUAAAAAAUGUAACCAUUCAAUAUACAACGAAAUGUUUUAUAAAUACCGAUAUAUUACCAUUUACUAUCUACUGAUGAUUAUUAAUAUGAGAAUUUUAUGGACAUGUUUGUUGAAGUAACAAAACAAUCUACUGGUACCAUUUAAUAGUUUGUAUGACUUUCGAUUAAAAAACUAUCUUCGAAUAUGUUUAUUACUAGGAAACUAAAAUAUCCCCAAUGGAUGAUCAUUUUUGUAGCUGGACAACAACACAGCAUAUUCAAACUAAGCCAAAUGUGUAUACUAAUAAUAAAAAUGUUACCAAUAAUCCAUUUUAUAAUUUACCGGUUGGUGACACUCAUUUAAAUGUAAAACAAACUUCACCACUUGAUACAAUAUUUGAUAUAAAAUUAUUCAACUGAAAACAAAACCUUUAUUAAUUUCUCAUCAUUAUAUAUUCUUUAUGUUAUUUAUCCAUCUGACAGUAAAAAACAAUCAUAUUUUGCAAUCCCUCAUUUUGAUUUUUUUUUGACGUAUUGCGUUUUGGUCAACGAUUUUUCUUCACUGUGAUCUUUCUUUUUUUAAAAAAACACUUUACAAUUGGACAUGGAGUUAUAGUCCCUAAUGUGUAUCCUUGACAACUCAAAUGUAUUUACUGAAUCUUUAACUGAUAACUUUGUCACACUGAAAAUGAACUUAUCUUUCAUAUCGAUCUGAUCAGUCAAUUUGUUUUCAGAAUUAUAUAGAAUGAUUAGUGAUUAAAGUCCUAAUACACAUCAUGUGCAUCGAUCAAUUCAGUUAUUUCUGUGACGAAAAAUAAAUCAGAAAUGUUUUCAAUUCAUGUAACCAAUAUGUGAUUGAACAUCUUUUUGAAUAGUUUGGAUAUAUCUAAAUAAAUUCUAUGCUUGGCUUUGUUUUAUCAUAUUUGGUUGAUUGUGAUCAUGAAGUAGAUAAGACAAAAUCUAUUGUAGUGAUCUGCCGUAUAUUUUGACAAUAAGGAUAAAACUACAGUUACUGACCAUAAUCUGUGAUUGGAAUGUUUAAUUAACGAAAAAAAAUUAAUUUAACUGUCAUUA